CUCCAACUAGACUUCACUUUUGUUUGAAUACUCAAAGCGAGCGGUUGACAAACUCGUCAGCAAAAUGAGAAUUGGAUUAUUUGUUUUACUUGUUGCUGGAGCGAUAAGCAUUGCCGCAGCAUCCAGCAUACCGGCCGGUGAGUUGCCACACGAUCCACUGGAGCACGACUCGCUUCACCACAAACACUUCGAGGGCGACCAACACAAUCAACAGUACGACCACGAAGCCUUUCUGGGCGCUGAUGAGGCCAAGAAGUUCGAUGAACUGACGCCUGAGGAGAGCAAGCGACGUCUGGGUGUAAUUGUGGAUCGCAUUGACGAAGAUAAGGAUGGUUUCAUAACUCUGGCCGAGCUUAAGAAUUGGAUUAAAUUCACACAACGUCGCUACAUCGACGAAGAUGUGGGACGCGUGUGGCGAAAGAAUAAUCCGGAAAACAAUGAGACGAUCAGCUGGGAGGUUUAUCGCAAGACUGUCUACGGCUUCAUGGAUGUCUUGGACAAAGAAGAGCUGGAGCAGGAGGAGAAUGGCGUCUCUUAUAAGAGCAUGUUGGCACGCGAUCGUCGUCGCUGGGCCGUCGCCGAUCUGGAUCUCGAUGACAAACUGACGCGCGAAGAGUUCACAGCUUUUCUGCAUCCCGAAGAGCAUCCCAGCAUGCGUGACCUGGUGCUGCAAGAGACAACCGAUGAUCUGGACAAAGAUAAGGAUGGCAAAAUCUCUGUGGACGAAUACAUUGGUGACAUGUAUCGCCCCUCCGAAGCCAAUGAAGAGGAACCCGAAUGGGUGCUCGCGGAGCGUGAAGCAUUCACCAAGCAUCGCGAUCUCGAUGGAGAUGGUUAUCUGACAGAGACCGAGAUCCGUCAAUGGAUUGUGCCCAAUGAUUUCGAUCAUGCCGAGAGCGAGGCAAAGCAUUUGAUAUUCGAGGCAGAUGUGGAUCAUGAUGAGCAGCUGACCAAGGACGAGGUGCUCGACAAAUACGAUGUGUUUGUGGGUUCCCAAGCCACAGAUUUUGGCGAAGCUUUGGCGCGCCACGAUGAGUUCUAAACGGAAUGAGAGAGAUUUAAACUCCCAACUCGAAUGCCAAAUAAAUUUAGCGAUUAAGUAAACAACAGCCACAUAAUCAACUACUCUGACGAAAGUGCAUUAAUAAUAAUAACAACAGACUUCUUAGCUUA